CACAUGUGAAAAUGCCUGGGGAACGGCAAGUUCCGUUGCGGUAACAUGCUUCCCCCUCAUCGUCGCCUUUGCACAACAGACGCACAGCUCCACGUACAUCAACAUUGUCGCAGACAAUCACGAGCGACUCGGCGACACCGAAUCAUUCGGCGAAAGGGUCUGUGCAAGACUAAUCAGCCGACCGACGCGCACCUGUGUUUGGCGUCGCGGCUCUGGAGUUACCGAGGCACAUGGCUUCCCCACACGAAUGACAUGCCCCCAGCCGGCGCGAACGGCCGCAACGUCGCGCGUCCGAGUGUCAGAUAUAUUCUCAUCUCGAGUUUUAGGCGUAGCUCUCACUCGUACAUUCACCUCUAGAUACCCGUUUUCCCAUAGACUACAGUCAAAAUGCCUUUCAACACUGAGCUCACCAGAGCCCUCGGCAUCAGAGUGCCCGUUGUUCAGGGUGGUAUGCAAUGGGUCGGAUACGCUGAGCUUGCUUCCGCUGUCAGCAACGCUGGAGGACUGGGCAUACUUACCGCUCUCACCCAACCCACACCCGAAGACCUGCGCAAAGAGAUCCGACGAUGCAGAACGAUGACCAACAAGCCUUUUGGCGUCAACCUGACCCUCCUCCCUGCCAUGGUUCCCCCGGACUAUGCCGCAUACGCUCGCGUUAUUAUCGAGGAGAAGAUCAAUAUUGUUGAGACGGCGGGAAACAGCCCUGGACCAGUCAUCAAGCAGCUCAAGGCUGCUGGCACUAUCAUCCUGCACAAGUGCACCACCAUCAGACACGCACAGUCUGCGGUCAAGCUUGGCGUUGACUUCCUGUCCAUUGACGGCUUCGAAUGCGCUGGACAUGUUGGCGAGACAGACAUUACCAACUUCAUCCUGCUCAGCAGAGCCAGGCAGUCGCUGGGUGGUAUUCCAUUCAUCGCGUCGGGAGGUUUCGCAGACGGUCAGGGUUUGGCCGCCGCGCUGGCUCUCGGUGCCUGUGGUAUCAACAUGGGUACGCGCUUCAUGUGCACUGUCGAAGCACCCAUCCACCACAACAUCAAGCAGGCCAUCGUCGACGCACAAGAAACCGACACCGCUCUUGUCCUUCGGCGUUGGAAGAACACAUCGCGACUUUUCGCAAACAAGGUCGCGCUCCAGGCCGUGGACGUCGAGAAGACCAGCACAACCGGCAAGUUCGAGGAGGUCGCUGAAUUUGUAAGCGGAAAGCGAGGACGUCAAGUAUUCUUGAACGGAGACAAGGACUUUGGUGUAUGGACCGCUGGCCAAGUAAUCGGCCUUAUCCACGACAUCCCCACCAACGAAGAGCUCCUCAACCGUAUCGAACGAGAAGCUGUCGAGACAAUGAAGCAGAACCAAACGCUCUUCAUUGAGGAUGGAGAGAAGCCUGUCGCUGAAGGCGCUUCAAUAAACAAGAAGUCGAACAACCCUCAGGCUGAGGUAUGGGGCAUCGGCAAGAGCAAGCUAUAGAAAUGUUAGACUGUAUAGAAUAUUUAAUCGAAGGAAGCAUCCUCCGCAUGGAACAC